CUCGUUCCUGAUUUGAAUUGAAUUGAAUUGCAUUGUAGUAUUGAUUUGCUUCCAAUCCUUUCUUUCUUUCUUUCUUUCUCUGAAUGUUGUAAUUAUCAAAACACACACACACAGAGCAAUGCCGCCCAAGUUGUUUCUCUCUCUUCUAACUUUCUCUCUCCUCACCCUCUCCGUCGCCGCUCGUCCCUACGUUCUCGUCCUUUCCCAGGAAGACUUCAAAGACGAAGUUCCCGCUGAUUCCGAUUCCUCUUCCGCCGAGUGGGAUGAAUUCGGCGACUCCGACUCCCACAAAUCCGAAGAAGAUCUCGAUCCUGGCUCAUGGCGCCAAAUCUUCGAACCCUCCACCACCGACCCCCAAUCCCAAUCCCAAUCCCAAUCCCAAUCCGAUACCGACGCUCUCUACUACUCCGCCGUUACUAAGCUAAUGACUGGGGAUGCCAGGAUCAUAGAAGAGGGCUCCGGCGAGAUUGAAACAGCUGCAGAAUCUGGUCACCCGGCUGCACAAUCAGUGUUAGGGUUUUUGUGGGGAAUAGGUCUUUUCAGAGAGAGGAACAAACAGAAAGCAUUUGUUUAUCAUCACUUUGCUUCAGAGGGUGGCAAUAUGCAAUCCAAAAUGGCUCUCGCUUAUCUCUACACUCGUCAAGAUAUGUUUGAUAAAUCCGUUAAGCUUUAUGCUGAAUUGGCAGAAGUUGCUGUAAAUAGUUUUCUCAUUUCCAAAGAUUCUCCUGUCAUCGAACCUGUUAGGCUACACAAUGGAGCUGAAGAGAACAAAGAAGCACUCAGAAAGUCUAAAGGGGAAGAGGAUGAAGACUUUCAGAUUCUUGAGUAUCAGGCCCAGAAAGGGAAUGCUGCUGCUAUGUACAAAGUCGGUCUCUUUUACUACUUUGGCCUUCGUGGUUUGAGGCGUGACCAUUCUAAGGCACUCUCAUGGUUCCUUAAGGCCGUCGAGAAAGGAGAGCCUCGCUCUAUGGAACUUCUUGGAGAGAUAUAUGCCAGGGGAGCAGGUGUUGAGAGAAACUACACCAAAGCUUUUGAAUGGCUUACUCUUGCAUCCAAACACCACCUCUAUUCUGCUUAUAAUGGCAUCGGUUAUUUGUACGUCAAAGGCUAUGGAGUCGACAGCAAAAAUUACACUAAAGCAAAGGAGUAUUUUGAAAAGGCUGCUGAUAACGAAGAGGUUGGAGGCCAUUAUAACCUGGGUGUCUUGUAUCUCAAAGGGAUUGGAGUGAAAAGAGAUGUCAAGUUGGCAUGUAAAUUCUUUAUUGUGGCUGCCAACCACGGUCAACCAAAGGCUUUCUACCAGCUCGCAAAGAUUUUCCAUCUUGGUGUUGGGUUUAAGAAGAACGUUCCAUUGGCUACUGCCCUAUACAAAUUAGUUGCAGAAAGAGGUCCAUGGAGUUCUUUGUCCAGAUGGGCACUAGAAGCAUACUUAAAAGGCGAUGUUGGCAAGGCCUAUAUGUUGUACUCAAGAAUGGCUGAGAUGGGCUAUGAGGUGGCACAGAGCAAUGCUGCUUGGAUUCUCGACAAAUAUGGAGAACGAAGCAUGUGCAUGGGUGAAUCUGGAUUUUGCACCGAUGCAGAAAGGCAUCAGCGGGCACAUUCUUUGUGGUGGCAAGCUUCUGAGCAGGGUAAUGAACACGCUGCUUUACUAAUUGGAGAUGCAUAUUACUAUGGCCGGGGAACUGCCAGGGAUUAUGACCGAGCUGCUGAGGCUUACAUGCAUGCCAAAUCACAAUCUAAUGCACAAGCCAUGUUCAAUCUUGGGUACAUGCAUGAGCAUGGCCAAGGACUUCCUCUUGACCUUCAUCUAGCCAAGCGUUACUAUGAUGAAGCUCUAGAGCAUGAUCCUGCAGCUAAGUUGCCAGUCACACUGGCUCUUACAAGCUUGUGGGUUCGGAAGAACCAUGCUGACAGUUUAUUGGUCCACAUAAUUGAUUCUUUGCCGGGUGUCUAUCCCAAAUUAGAAGCUUGGGUAGAGAAUGUGCUUUUGGAGGAGGGAAAUGCAACAAUUCUAACCCUCUUUGCGUGCCUCCUAACUGUGCUGUAUCUGCGGGAGAGACAACGAAGGCAAGCUGUUGUUGUAGCUGGAGAGGUCGCUCAGCCAAAUCGCCCUAAUGAACUUGGUGUGCCUGCACCCAUCUAGUUCAUAGUACUACCAGUUUCAGAAGGUACAAAGACUGUCUUGGAUGGGGUCGAUUUCAUGUGCAAUAUAUAUGAUAGGGUGUCAGGUUUUCCUUCCUUUUAGGUAGAAACGGGUUUAUAACUUUAGGUCAAAUUGUACCAUAGAGAACUUGAAGUGGUGGGAAUAACAACUGGAUUUGUAGAUAUUCCUUGUGUAUUUUGUAAGGUAGGAACAGGAACAUGUUUCUACACUUGAUCGCUUACCCAAGAGAUGAAAGCUAAAAAGUAAAGAUGCAUACACUGUUGUGCAAGUUUUUCUGUAUGGGAUUAUUUGAUGAACUUUACAGAGAAAUAGUACACCAUAAUCUUCUCAUUGUG